AUGCCAGCAUUUUCAUCUGUGGAAAUUGAGCCGGUCGAGACGAUAUUCACGCACUGGGAAUAUCGGUACCAGCUCCAUCUAAGCUCGAUAGAAAUGCAGAGUGCUGAAAAGGUGUGCUUAUCGCAGAACCAGACAUCAGCCCCGCGGGAGAGACAUCGAAUCGACAACAGCACUCUCAUUUUUAUCACUUCCGGUAGAGUCACUCUUGGAGUGCUGGUUCAUGAUGUACUUCAGGCGGAAGAAGACGACUUGGAUGGCUCGAAAUUCUGUUGGGCUCUAAAGGCUUCUCACUCUUCGAAUCUGCACCCAAGGCUUCCCACAGCCUCUGUUGAGCUCCUGUUCGUACUAUUCCAUAGAUUGGAUCUUUCCCACUGCUUUCACCGUUAUCGUCCUAAUGCAGAGGAUGUAGACAGCGAUGCAGCAUCACAGCAACUCGGAUACGUCAGAGGGUCCAUGACAGAAACGGUGAUGGGCGCGGUGGCCUGUGUUGUGAUUUUCUUCUUCCUCCACUUCUGCCACGGCAUGCUCAUUGCACACGCCGCUAGUCCUGGGCCCCGACUGCACGCCACGAUCAUUUCCCCCUCCCGCCGAGUGCACAUUCCCUCCUUCGCGACAUCGUCUGGACAACAUCAAAUACAACGCCAAUUCGCCCAGACACGACUAGACCCAUCCAUAAACGCCAUGUUGAAGCGAGCCGACAAAGAGUUUGAACGCAAGUAUCGACGCUGCCUUGCUCUUGGUCGACGAUAUCUCAGGGGCCGGCCGAGCAAUAUCAUCGGCCAUUGCGAAUCCCAAGCUGCGACUGUGAAGAACGGUGGGAGGAGACUGCCAUCGCACACGGUCCUUCCAUUCAGGUUGGGCAAGGGAGCGACGCCAGCCGGCGCUGAUCGUAUCAUCCCAGCGAGAGUGCGGUCUGGGCGUAACCCCUGUUUUAAGGGCACGAGGCUUAAGCAUGCCAGAUUUUGCCCUGAAGCCACAUACACGAGCACUGCUGGCUCGGAUUGUGAUCUUAUGCGAUGGAAACAGCAGACUCGUCUUUCAACAUUCACCGUUACUUCUACGACUCUCAACGUCAUCGUCAGAAUUCAAAUCUUCAUUGGAAUCUGCGGCGUUUCGAACUUGCCCAUGAGACUGGCGAGACCCUUUUCACUUAAUGUUAGAGAUGGUCUUCCUGGACUAUGA